CACUCCUCAGUAAUAAAAACCAAACCAAAAACGAGGGAGCACCAAAUUCAAACUCCUUCCCUUUUUUUCAAACCCCGCUCUCUCUCUCUCUCUCGUCAUUUUCUUCCUAUCCUUCACCACCUUCCCCACUCAUGGCGCACGAUAGCGACCUCCCCUGCGACGGUGACGGCAUCUGCAUGCUCUGCAAGAAAGUCCCAUCCGACGAAGAGAAGCUCAUCUGCAACACGUGCGCUACCCCCUGGCACGUGCCGUGCCUUUCGUCUCCUCCCCAAUCUCUCUCUUCCACUCUCCAAUGGAACUGUCCCGACUGCUCCCCAGUUCCGUCCGUCGACUCCAAGCCCGCACCGUCCGUCGCGGCUUCUCUCUCCAACGACCUCAUUUCCGCCGUCCGAGCUAUUGAAGCCGACGGAUCGUUGAACGACGAGGAGAAGGCGAGGAGACGGCAGGAACUUAUGUCUGGUGGGGCCCGAUCAUCGGUCGAUGGAGAUGGGAAGAAGAGAGAGAAGGGAGGGAAUGGUGGUGUUCUCGAUCUUCUCGAUGGGAGUUUGAACUGCUCCUUCUGCAUGCAGUUGCCAGAGAGACCCGUUACGACGCCGUGUGGGCACAACUUCUGCCUGAAAUGCUUCCAGAAGUGGGUCGCCCAAGGUAAGCGUACGUGCGCAAAAUGCCGCCACACCAUCCCCCCGAAGAUGGCGAGCCAGCCAAGGAUCAACUCGGCGCUUGUCGUCGCGAUCAGGAUGGCGCGGACAGAAAAAUCUGCUGCCUCUGGCGCCACCCUGAAACCACUUCCCUUCAUGCACAACCAGAACCGGCCCGACAAGGCGUUCACGACAGAGCGUGCGAAGAGGGCUGGGAAGGCAAACGCAUGCAGUGGGAAGAUCUUUGUCACUGUCCCACCUGACCAUUUUGGCCCGAUUCCUGCGGUUAAUGAUCCUGAGAGAAACCAAGGAGUGCUGGUGGGGGAGUCUUGGGAGGACCGCAUGGAGUGCAGGCAGUGGGGGGCCCACCUACCCCAUGUUGCCGGGAUUGCUGGGCAAUCGGAUUACGGGGCGCAGUCGGUGGCAUUAUCAGGAGGCUAUGAGGAUGAUGAGGAUCAUGGCGAGUGGUUUCUCUACACAGGAAGUGGCGGGAGAGACUUGAGUGGCAACAGGCGAACUAACAAGGAACAGUCCUUUGACCAGAAAUUCGAGAAGCUGAAUGAGGCAUUGCGAGUCAGCUGCAAGAAAGGUUACCCAGUUCGAGUGGUGAGGUCACACAAGGAGAAACGCUCUUGCUAUGCACCUGAAACUGGAGUGCGGUAUGAUGGAAUUUACAGGAUUGAGAAAUGCUGGCGCAAAGUUGGAGUCCAGGGUUUCAAAGUCUGCAGGUAUCUGUUUGUUCGAUGUGAUGAUGAACCUGCGCCAUGGACAAGUGAUGAACAUGGGGAUCGCCCAAGACCUUUGCCUGGCAUUAAAGAGCUGAAGAAUGCAACUGAUGUUACAGAAAGGAAGGAGAAACCGGCAUGGGACUAUGAAGAAGGGAAUGGCUGGAAGUGGACAAAGCCACCGCCGAUGAGCAGAAGAUCUGCAGACACUGGAAAUCCUGAAGACAGAAAGAGAGGUCGAAAAUCUACAACACAAGGCCUCUCUGUCAGAGACAGGCUCCUAAAAGAGUUCAGCUGCCUACUCUGUCGUAAAGUGAUGACGCUUCCGCUCACGACUCCCUGUGCUCAUAACUUCUGCAAACCAUGUUUGGAGGGUGCAUUUGCAGGCCGAGCAUUUGUGCGAGAGAGGACCCAUGUGGGAGGCCGGAGCCUCCGAGUAAAAAAGAAUGUCAUGAAGUGCCCCUCGUGCCCCAACGACAUCUCUGACUUCCUUCAAAAUCCUCAGGUUAACAGAGAGCUGAUGGAUGUGAUUGAAUCGCUAAAAUCCAAGUCUGAGGAGAAUGUUGAGGAUUUGAAUGAGGAAGGAAGCGAGGGUACAGACGAGAAAAAGUCUGAUGAUGCAGACGGAGAUACCGAAGUUGGCUCUGAAAAUCCUGAAAAGGCAGAAGGUGGCAGUGAUGAGGAGGUUGCCAAAAACCAAGUGGAGGUGGUGGUACCCAAGCGGAAGAAGACGGAGAACAGUACCAAUGGGAAGAAGGCAAAGAAGAGCAAGAAGUCCAGUGAUGCAGAAGCAGGACAUGAUUCCCCAUCUAGCCCGCUCCAUGUGCGGUCUUCGUCCGACGAUGAUUUUGAGUAAUUGGAAUGCGAUCUGGUGGGUUAAAUUGUUCGGUUGCUGGCUGCAGGUACAUUUCAUUCUUUUUUGAGUCUUUUAGUCUGCCCGAUUUUUAUUUAUUUUUGCAUGCCCACCAUAUCUGGUAUAAAGACGGUCCAUGAAAUUGGGCCUCGAUCUUCAACUUCCAAAUUAAAGAGGAGGAAAAAUAACAUUUUGGGUGCCAAAAUGUCAAUAUAAGUUUCAAUCUUUUUGUCACCUUGACAACAUUAUUAAAUUUCUAAUAGAAGAUUUACAUAGUACAUUUUGAGUUAUUGAUUGAUAUGAUCAAGGUAUCCAACAACCAUUAUGUAAUGGAGACAGCUGGCCCCAUUAUGCUGUUAUGUGGCCAUAACGGCUGUUAUGAAAAAGAAAAUGAUUUGU